AUGAGGGAGUCCAGCCUGGAGGCGGUGCAGGGUGACGAGGUGCUGCUGCCCUGCUCCUUCUUCACCUCCAGCCCGCUCUCCAGACUCAACGUCAUCUGGACCAUGGCCCCCUUAUCCAGUCCUGAGACCCCCAAACAGGUGAUUGUGUACGACCAUGGUCAGGUGAUCGAAGACCCCUCACUCAUUGGCAGGGUGGGUUUUACAGGUAUACCGUGGAGCGCAGACAUCUCCCUGAAUGACACCCUAAUAUCAGAUGCUGGUAUUUACCGCUGCAUGGUCAACAACCCUCCAGAGACGGCAGAUCCCGGCAUCGGAGAGCUGGAGCUCAGCGUGCUGGCGCCCCCCUCGCUGCCUGUGUGCCAGUGGGGCGGAGACAUUGAUGUGGGAGGAAGUGUCACGCUGUCCUGCUCCGUGGCCGAGGGCAUCCCCACCCCAGAGAUCCGCUGGGACAAACUGAAUCCAGAGGAGAUCGCACUACCCAUCAACAUGGACG